CGCGGCGGGCUGGGGAGCGGCACGGCGGUUCCCGCCGGCCUUUGCUGAGGGGCGGCCGGUGUGCCUCGGCGCCGGGCGGCAUGGCCGCAGCGAUGAAGGUGUUCGCGACGCUGAGGUCUCACUGGAAGAAAACCACGUUCGGGGUCUGCUUGCUGAGCUGGGGCGGAAACUGGCUCUAUGGGAAGCACUGUGAUAACCUGCUACGAAGAGCUGCGUGCCAAGAAGCCCAGGUUUUUGGCAACCAGCUGAUCCCUUCCAGUAUGCCAUUGAAGAAAGCAACAGUGUUCCUCAACCCGGCAGCUUGCAAAGGCAAAGCCAGAAACCUUUUUGAAGCAAAUGCUGCUCCAAUUUUGCACUUAUCUGGCUUGGAUGUAACUGUAGUUAAGACUGAUUAUGAGGGACAAGCAAAAAAGCUGCUGGAAUUGAUGGAAAACACAGAUCUCAUUAUUAUUGCAGGAGGAGAUGGCACGGUACAAGAGGUCAUAACUGGACUUCUGCGCAGAGCAGAUGAGGCUGCCUUCAGUAAGAUUCCCAUAGGAUUCAUACCUCUUGGAAAGACCAGCACCCUAAGCCACACGCUCUACCCUGAGAACGCAAACCAAGUUGAACAUAUUACUAAUGCUACAUUGGCCAUUUUGAAGGGAGAGACAAUUCCACUUGAUGUGUUGCAAAUCAAGGGAGAAAAGGAACAGCCUGUCUUUGCAGUGACUGGUUUAAGAUGGGGAUCUUACAGAGAUGCAGGAAUUAAAGCUAGCAAGUACUGGUACCUUGGGCCUCUGAAAACCAAAGCAGCUCACUUUUUCAGUACACUUAAGGAAUGGCCUCAGAAGCAUCAGGCUGCUCUCAUGUAUCUGGGUCCAACUGAGAGACCUCCAGAAGAGCCAGAGGAAAAACUGUCCAGACCUCCUUUGUAUGUGAGGCUUUACAGACGACUUCAGUUAUACUGGUCCUCUCCUUCAAAAGAAAUCCCCCAGGAGGUAGCCCUGGAGGACUGGGAAGAGCUGAAGUUGUCCACUGUUGAGCUUUCCAUUGCAACUCGGAACAGGCAGCUUGAUCUGACACGCACAGAAGACUUCAUGGAUAUUUGCAUUGAAGCGGAUACUGUCAGCAAAGGGCAGUUUGUAAGCAGAGGAAGUCAAAAGAUGCAUGAUCCACAUAUGUGCCCUGAAGGGAGUCAGUGCAUCCAAGCCAGCAGAUGCAUCUUGCAACUUCCAGAGGGCACUGAGGGAUCCUUUGGCAUUGAUAACGAGGAGUAUGAAGCUAUGCCUGUAGAGGUGAAGCUAUUACCCCGGAAACUCCGGUUCAUCUGUGAUCCCAGAAUGAGAGAGCAGACGCUCCGUGCAGCAGUACAAUGAGAAUUCAUGUCAAAGGGGCCAGUGUUUACCAGUCUUAUUGGGGUCUCUUCAAGGCACACAAGACCUUGCUAACUUGAUUACCCCCACCAGACUAAUAAGUCUGUUUGUCUGUAUAGCCAUUUGGCUAUUUUUAUGUGGGAGGCAUUUCCAUUGGAAGCAGCUGAUUUGGCUGGUCUCAGAGGGGUAAAAAAUGCAAAUGAGAAUUCUGAGAAAUGCAUGUUAAUUUGAUGAUAGCUUUUUUUUUUUUUUUCCCCAGAGAAGCCAUCAGCAGUCAUUUACAGCACUGCAGGCUGAGUGCUGUGUGCCAGAUGCUACUGCUUUAAUGCGAUUGUAUAUUAAAAGUAAAAUGAAAGCACACUUGUCCUUGUUUUAGGAGGUGAAGUCUACUUUAGUUACCUAUGUAUAAACCUUGCAAAACCAUGGAUCUUGGAAAAAAAUUAUUUUUGGAUAGUAAUACUAAGGAAGUCUAUGAAACAUUGGAGUUGCUACAUUAAAAGAGUUGGUUAUCUGCUCUGUCACAAAAUAAACUGGAAAUUGAUCGGGGAUUCAAAGCUUCAGAGGAAGUUUUUAAGUCCUAUAUGUACCUGGGUAAGAUACGUUAUUUUUCUUCCAUCUUGCCAGAUACAACAGCACAGCGUUCCAGUUAAUAAUAUAGUAGAAAUCUAUUCCUUUGUUCAAGUUCAGGUACAUUACAGAGCAGGAAAUUGGAAAAUGUCAUCAUUGACCCAAAGCUGUAUCAAGCACAUGUUUUAACAAGCCAAAUGAGUCUG